ACAAAAUUAGAGAGAGCAACAAAGGGAAAAAAACAUUCAUGGCUACUAAAAAACAUGAUGAUCAUGAGAAUUAUCCAACUGUUUUGGUUACCAAGACAGUUACCGUACACCCAAAACCCUUGUUGCAUCAUCCACAACAGAUUCUCCAUCUUUCCAAUUUGGACAGGCAGUGUCCGAUGUUAAUGUACGUGGUUUUCUUUUACAAACCUUGUUUUGCUUACCAGAACUUGUCUCUGGGUUCCAUCUUCAACAGCUUGAAAUCUGGGUUGGAAGAGACACUUUCUAUAUGGUAUCCAGCUGCAGGUAGGUUGAGCUUGAACCAAGCUGAUGGUAAGCUUAAUCUUUGGUGCAAUAAUGGUGGUGCAGUUCUAGCUGAAGCAGUCACCACUGCGAAGAUCAUUCAACUUGGUGAUCUUUCUCAGUACAAGGAAUUCUUUGAGCGAUUGGCUUACAAGCCUGUCUUUCAAGGGAACUUCUCGCAGAUGCCUUUAAUUGUUGCUCAGGUCACGAGGUUUGGGUGUGGAGGUUACUCGAUCAGUAUCGGUGCAAGCCACUCGUUGUUUGAUGGACCAGCCACCUAUGAUUUUCUGCGUGCAUGGGCUUCAAAUUCUGCAAUAUUGAAAGAAAAGAGAAGCACUUUGCAGAUUUACGAACCUGUGCAUGAGAGGGGGCCAUUGUUGGUGGGUACUCAGCAUGGUCAGCAGCAGCUCACAAAAUUGCCUGAAAGUUGGAGCUCGGCGCCAACAAGGGGUGCAGCAGCCAUAGAUCAUCUACAUCAGUUGAUAAAACAAGCUCUCGCUGGUCCAGAUAUGAAGUUUGGCGGCAGCAACUUUUCCAACACAGGGAACUCCAAUCUUGUUCUCAAAACAUUCCACCUUAGUGGUGCAAUGAUAGAAAGCUUAAAAAUCAAGGUCUUUGGCGGUGAAAGCAGGGGUAGCUUUUCAUUUUCUUCCUUUGAACUCAUUGCAGCUCACUUAUGGAAGGCAAGGACUAAAGCAUUAGGAGUAAAGAAAGGAGCAAUGGUUUGCUUGCAAUUCGCAGUGGACCUAAGGAACAAGAUGGUGCCGCCAUUGCCAAAAGGUUUUAGUGGCAACGCUUUUGUACUAGCUUCCAUAGCCUUAACAGCCGAACAACUGGAAGGUAGUAGCCAUGAAGCUAUCAUAGAGAAGAUAAAGCAAGCCAAGAACUCGAUUACCAACGACUACGUGAUUGCAUAUAACAAGGCAUUAGAUGGAGGAGCUGCUCAGGGCAGUCUCCCACCAAUCAAUGAGCUAACCCUAGUCUCUGAUUGGACAAGGAUGCCAUUCCACACCAUUGAUUUCCUACAUGGAGAAGCAGCUUAUGUAUCUCCAUUACUCUCUCCAAUCCCUCAGGUCGCAUAUUUCAUGCAGAAUCCCAAUGAUUUGAGAGGCAUCGAUGUGAGGAUUGGUUUGCCACCUCAAUUCUUGAAUGCUUUCUCUCAUUACUUCCUUACCAAUUUGCAAUAAGUCCCUACAGUUUCCUGCUUUAAAUUAAAAUCAACUUCCUUUGGGGAGGUUAAGGGUGAUCAUUACUUUAGGACUAUUAUUACUAAAUAAGGAGGAUGUGCUAUUGUUCUCAUACUAUACAUAAUAAUAUUUGAAAUGUGUAAUAU